UUGCGUCCAUUGACCACUCCAAACUUCUCACCGCAUGAAACACUAAAACAGAAUCUCAUGGCAGAUUUUGUUCCUCCUUUCCUACAAACACUAUCUUUCUUUCAAACCCUGAGCACAAAUAAAACCGCUUCAUCUCCGCGUGUGAACUCUGGGAAGUGUGUGUCUCUGUGCCUGUGUCCUGGUGUCCAAUGCGCGCGGCCGGUGAUGGUUUGGUCCAACGGGAGCACGAGCGACUGCUGCGGAUCUCCGGGGUAUCUCUCGGACUCCGAGCUGAACCUGAGCCCGACCGGACACUCGGUGGUGUCUGUGUGUCUCGGGCUCAUCGCCUCCUUCGGCUUUGUGAGCAAUCUUCUCGCGCUCGUGCUGUUCGGCCGCCACAAGGCGCUGCGCUCUCCCAUCAACCUGCUGCUCAUAAACAUCUCAGUGAGCGACUUGCUCGUGUGCGCGCUCGCCACACCGUUCAGCUUCGCCGCCAGCACGCGCGGACGCUGGCUGGCGGGACGCACCGCGUGCGUAUGGUACGGUUUCGCUAAUUCACUCUUCGGCAUCGUGUCGCUCAUGUCCCUGGCUGUGCUUUCCUAUGAACGCUACUGUACCAUGACGUGUCCUUCUGCGCCCGACGUCACCAACUACAGGAAGGUUGCAGCAGGAGUCAUUCUGUCCUGGGUCUACUCCCUCGUCUGGACUCUUCCACCGUUAUUCGGAUGGAGUCGCUACGGACCGGAGGGCCCUGGGACGACCUGCUCGGUGGACUGGAUGUCCAAGACAGCCAACAACAUCUCGUACAUCAUCUGUCUCUUUAUCUUCUGCCUCAUCCUCCCGUUCCUCGUCAUUGUUUACUCUUACGGGAAGCUGCUGCAUGCUGUCAAACAGGUGAGCCGCUUGAGGAAGUCCACCAGCCAAAAGCGGGAGCACCGCGUCCUCUUCAUGGUCAUCACAAUGGUGCUGUGCUACCUGCUCUGCUGGCUCCCAUACGGUAUCAUGGCCCUGGUGGCUACGUUCGGAGUUCCGGGUCUGGUGACAGCCGAGGCAAGCAUCGUGCCCUCCAUCCUGGCCAAGACCAGCACCGUAAUCAACCCCAUCAUCUACAUAUUCAUGAACAAGCAGUUCAACAGAUGCUUCCGAUCUUUACUCAAAUGUGAAACGCCCCAACAAAGCUCCGUUUUGAAGAGUUGGUCGAAAGCAAACAAACCCAAGAGAUGCCCCGACAACAACCUUGACCUCAUGGCUGGUUCAGGAGAUCACAGAUCAGCAGCAGUCAGUUCGUCCAAGAGCAACAAGCAGCCUCCGUCGACAGACUCGCCCGGACGUCCGGCGCUGUCCCUCGUGGCUCAUUACAACGGCUCGUUCUGA